AGGGGUUCCCGCCCCGCUGCCAUGAAGGUGGCGGCACUGGAGCUGGGCUCCCUCCUGGUCAGGCUGCACCGCUCCGCCGCGGGUCCCGGCCCGGCCGCUCCCAGCCUUCACCCGCCCUCCGGAGGCGGCUGCACCCCGGCUGCCGGCGGGCGUCCCCCGCGACCGCUGCUCGCUGCCACGGAGGAGGCUGGGAGUUGGGCCGGCGGCAAGGCGCUGCUCAUCACCCUGCCCGACAUCGGGGAGGAGGCGGUGGCGGAGUGCGAUGCCGAAGAGGCGGCGUGCAGCUCGCGAAGCCCCAGGAAGGGAUUAUCCAGAGGUUCUACAAAUCAGUAUCAUUCAGGAAAAAGUGGAGAAUCUCUUCCAGCAGUUUUUGAGAGAAAUGUGCAAGAAGCCAUCAAUAACUACAGUUGUGAAAUGCUUUCAUCAGUUUCAUCUAGUGGACAUGCAACACCCACAGACCUGAAUAAUUCUUGGUCUGGAAUAAAAAGCUGUACUACUGGUUUGUCUACUGAAAGAAGUUCUGUUUACUCUUGGAGGGAUGAUGAAUUUGACGAAGCCAACACACAGAGAGUGCAUCAGCUGUUCUGGGAUAUUGAUGAAAUGCUGUUUGAAGGAAAAGUGACCUCCCAAACUCAGAGCCUGCAGGCAGAAUGCGCAGACUGGGUUGAGCGAUCUCUUCAUCUAAGGGUUCUGGGAAAGCAGCUCCUGUCACCAAAGAAUGAAGGUUUUCAGUACUUCGAAAGCAGAAGUGAUAGCUCUGUGGAUACUAAGUGUUUACCUAGUCUUCAUGAAUGUACUAGUAACAUAAAAGAACUCUGCAUUUCUGGCUCUAAGUUGAUUCCUAAAGUAUCUCCAGUACUGAAGUCACCAAGUUCACGUUCCACUGUAAUUCAUGGCUCUGAGUCAUCCACAUAUUCAUUCCUGGAAGAAGAAAUCUAUGAUGCUGAUGGAAAAGUGGAAGAAUAUCUCGCCUUUGACAUCAAGGAGCUUGAUGAUGAGUGUUUGGAGCAAAAGAAAGUACAUCUUGCUGAGAAGAGGAGUAAGCAUGGCAUUCCUCCUGUUUCUCCAAUGGCUUGUAUCAGGGAUGCUGUGGCUUCUGAAAUAUUUGAUCAUUUAUGGAGUAAUGUAAUUGGAAUAUUGGAGGAACUGAUUAAAAAACAUUUGGAAACGAAUGUCACAGAGAGUGCCAAGCAGGCAGGAAAACGUCCAGCUGUUCGUGUUACAGCAGAUGUUGGCAGUGUCCUCCUUUCCAGAGGCUCUGAAGCACGAAGUGUGUCUUUUGGAUCUCAUUUAGCUUCAUCACAGGUUCAUCAUUUCUCCAGCAGCUUCUGUAGUGACUUGAAUGGAGUGAUGACAAUUCAGGCAAAACCACUCCAACAGAGGCACUUUGCAGUACAAAAAAUACAGAAUGAACAAGAAGGCAAACCACAUAGCAUUAGCUCCAGUGCUCCAAAUUCAGUGCACACUAGUCUGGGGAGAAUUGCUGAUAACCAUGUUCUCUCAUCAUCUCGGGUACUGCUGGCAUCUGCUAGGAAGCUACCAAGCCAUCGUAGGUUACCUUCUCUCACUUCUGAUCAACUCUCCUCAAAAGCUCCUAAUAUGUACAAUGGUGAAAUCCUUAGGGGGACUAAAUUGUGAGUUUUUUCAUUUUAUUUUCUGCUUUCCUCAGAACUUUACUGAACUUUCACCAGUGAAGGAUUUUGGAAAAUACUUGAGAACUAAUCAAAGAUUUAUUAUUUUAUCUAAAAUUCAGAGAUAAAAAUGCAGCAAGCAGAACAGUGUUUUUUUGAGGAGGGGCAUUUCUUUGUUUUUUUUUCUUUUGUUUUCUGUUUUGUUACAUUAAGUGCUGUUACUUUCUGUGCUGAACUCUAUUAAGAAAUGUACUGCUUAAUAAUUUCACGUUACUUCACUGAAGAAGUCUUGAAUAUGAAUUUUCCUAAAAGACAAUCUCUUAAAAUUCUGUAGGGGUGUUAGCUUGGAUCGUUUAUCUUCUGGUUCUGCACAUACAGCCCGAAACAAGUUACCACCAAUAAACUUGGAGGCUGUUAAACAGUAUCCUUCGGUUGUACCUCGGUUGCAGCAGAGCUCUUAUCGAGGACAAUAUGCUCAUAGCAGAGUCUCAAGUGCAGUAACUGGCAAUACAGAGCAACAGCCAGUCAGAGAACGAACUGUUACUGAUCGGUUUUCAAGGCCCAGUACAACUCAUACAUUCAGGGCAGACAGAUCUCAGAAAAGAUCACUAACUCCCAUGGAUUUUUCUAACCACAGAGGAACAAGUCAAGGAUUUUUAAUAGGCUCACAGCACUACUACAGAUCCUGUCAUAGAAAUCCUCUAAUUUCACGGAAGAGAUUUCAGAUUACUUCUUAAUCAAGACUAGAAAGAAAGAGAAGCCCUCUGCACUGAAUGGAAGACUAAAGCGCUCUAUUUGCCAGCUAGUAUCUUGUUUGACAAAGAACACAUGCAGUAUGGUGGUUAUUGCUGAACCCUGUGAUCCUCCAGAAUACCUAUAUUACCUUGUUUUAAAGUUGUCUAAAUCAGAUGUUAGAUUAAAAAUUAGAGCAAUAUAGAAUGAAUGCACUCUUUGCAGAGUCAAGAUGCUGCUAUACUUUCUUCUCAGGCACUCUUCCUCUUUCUAUCUUUCCUUAUGGAGCUGUUAUUCUACCUGUAGAAGUAAAUAAGUUAUGUUUAUGCUGUGAAGUCCUGUUCCAACUUUUUCAUUUUUUUUCUCGGUGUUAAAAAUGCUCUGGUCUACCCGGACAUCAGUUCUAUAUAGAACGUAUAAACAAGAGUUAGCUGCAUCUCCUAUUCAACACCUGUUCCAACAUUUCUGCAUUUUUAUUCUUUCUGCUUAUUGCAGUUGCUCUCUUGUAAAUAUUUUCUGUCCUUUAUUUUUCUUCUUCCUUUAAUCCUUUUGAUAUGAAAUUGUUUCACUGCUUCUUAAGCUGUUCUAUGCAUCAUUUGCUGUAGAACUGCUGGGAUAAACUGUGGUUAUAGGAAGCAGUGUUUGGCCAAACAUAUUUGUAGAUCCUGAAUAAUUGAACCUGAUUGCUGAUGUGUGAGUAAGACAGUUUACCCCUUCUUGAGAUUUCUUAUAAAAUAUUGGCUGUUACUGUACAAAUUAGACCUAUUUUUGGUAUGCUAGCAAAAUGGGAAGAAGAGAUUUGGGUUAUUUUCUGCCCAAAGAUCACAGUCCUUUACAUGUCCCUAGCUAUUAAUACUGCAUGCAUGCAGUCAGUGAUUCCUCCAUCCAUCAUACCCAGAAAUUUAAGUAGAUGAAGUAGAAGAGCUGUUGAAAACAAGGAAGAGAAAAACAGUUAUUUGUCUGAAUAAUAAUAAUAGCAUCGGGUUCUUGUACUUAGAAACUAACGCUAGUUCUCAUCAUUUCUUUUUUAUGAAUGUUUGAGGCUUGGUAAUUCAAGGCAAAGAGUUUGUAAUAUAUCUAUUUUAUAUCUGUACUGUUAAUAAGAUUUCUGGUUUGUAUAAAUGGUCAUCAAAUGCUGCAUUCUUUUGA